UGUCGCUCGACCUCCAGCUUCCUGUUUGGGAAAGAAAAAGCUCGGUGUGAAGGAGCGAUGGCGACGUUGGGGUUUCAGACCCCUCGCAGCGGGAGGAGUAGGAUGGGUGCAAGCGAGAACAUCGUGUCCAGGAUACGGCACGGUCAGAUCACCGGCCGAGGCAUGAGCAGGGGAACGCAGAUCCCAGAAGCUCUGCUCCAAGAGAGGGACAAGCGAGCCAGAUGGGUUGGGAUCCCGGUCUUGCUACAGAAGCUGUACAAGAGCAGCCACCCCAACAGCGACCUCUCGCAAAUCCAUGGAGUAGUUAAGGAGCUGUCAUCGUUGCUGUCCAUGGAGGCCAUGACGUUUGUGACGGAGGACAGGAAGAACACGCAGGAGCUGGCCUCGCCCAACACAUACACCUUCGACCUCUUUGGCGGUGUCGAUCUGUUGGUGGAUAUUUUGAUGAGGCCAACUCUAACGGCACAGAAGAAGAAACCCAGUAUGAGCGAUGACCUGGUCAAGGACUGUCUCAGCGUUCUCUAUAAUUGCUGCAUUUGUACGGAAGGGGUCACUAAAAGCCUUGCAUCAAGGAACGACUUUGUGCUCUAUCUCUUCACACUGAUGACAAAUAAGAAGACUUUUCUACAGACGGCCACCCUGAUCGAGGACAUCCUUGGAGUCAAAAAGGAGAUGAUCCAGCUGGAGGACAUUGCUGAUUUGCCCAGUCUGGUCCAGAGCUUCGACCAGCAGCAGCUCGCCAACUUCUGCCGCAUUUUAUCCAUCACUAUAUCGGAGCCUGAUCUCGGGAACGAUGACAAACACACCCUUCUGGUAAAGAACACCCAGCAGAAGAACAUGAGCCCAUCCCGUGCUGAGGUCAACCAAGUCGCUCUGCUCAACAUCCCGGGCUUUAUCGAGCGGUUAUGCAAGCUGGCCACGAGGAAAGUGUCGGAGGCCACUGGCGCGUCCAACUUCCUGCAGGAGCUGGAGGACUGGUAUGCCUGGCUGGAUAAUGCCCUGGUCUUGGAUGCACUCAUGCAGAUGACUACCGAGGAGCACAGCAGCACAGGUGAUACAUGCAUCCCGCCAAAAUGCUUGGCAUCUUCGGAUGAGAGCACCUUGGCCACCAGUCCCCUUAGACACCGGCUGCCACAGUCCAUGAAGAUCGUGCACGAGAUCAUGUACAAGGUGGAGGUGCUGUAUGUGCUCUGUGUGCUGCUCAUGGGGCGCCAGAGGACGCAGGUCCACAAGAUGUUAGCAGAGUUCCGGCUGAUCCCCGGACUCAACAAUCUCUUCGACAAGCUCAUCUGGAGGAAGCAGACGUCCAACCGUGUUCUACAUGGACAGAACCAGAAUUGUGACUGUAGCCCAGAAAUUUCCUUCAAAAUCCAGUUCUUGAGACUGCUUCAGAGCUUCAGUGACCAUCAUGAAAACAAGUACUUGCUUCUAAACAGCCAGGAGCUGAAUGAGUUAAGUGCCAUCUGUCAGAAAGCCGAUAUCCCAGAAGUGGAAGCUUUGGCCAACACGGAUAGGAGCCUCGUGUGUGAUGGUAAGAAGGGUCUCCUGACACGGCUACUUGGGGUCAUGAAAAAGGAACCUCCAGAUUCUUCAUUCAGGUUCUGGCAGGCAAGGGCGGUUGAAAGCUUUCUCCGUGGUGCCACCUCCUACGCCGACCAGAUCUUCUUGCUUAAGAGGGGCUUGUUGGAGCACAUCUUGUUCUGCAUCAUUGACAGUGGAUGUAAAUCCAGAGAUGUGCUGCAGAGCUACUUCGACUUGCUGGGGGAGCUGAUGAAGUUCAACAUUGACGCAUUCAAGAGAUUCAACAAAUACGUCAACACAGAGGAGAAGUUUCAGAUAUUUCUGAAUCAGAUCAACAGUUCAUUGGUGGACUCCAACAUGCUGGUGCGAUGCAUCGUCCUAUCGCUAGACCGAUUUGAAAGCCAAACAGAUGAUGUCAAAGUGGUGGAAGUCCUCUCUGAGUGCUGUCUGCUAUCAUACAUGUCGCACGUGGAGAACAGGUUGUCCCUCCUCUUCAGGCUCAUUAACAUCAUCAAUGUGCAGACACUGACGCAGGAGAACGUGAGCUGUCUGAACACCAGCCUGGUGGUGCUCAUGCUGGCCCGGAGGAGAGGCAAGCUUUCCUUCUACCUGAACGCCCUGCGGGAGAAGGAGUACAGCGAGAGGUACCCGGGCUGCCUGCUCAACAACUUCCACCAGCUGCUCCGCUUCUGGCAGCGCCACUACCUCAACAAGGACAAGGACAGCACCUGUCUGGAGAACAGCUCCUGCAUCCCAUUCAGCUACUGGAAGGAGACCGUUUCGGUGCUGUUAAGUCCGGACCAGACUUCGCCAUGUGCCAUAUCCAGUUAUAUCGACGAGGUCUACAUGGAUCUAGAUACGGACUUCCUGGAAGAUUGACAUCAGCCUCAGUGGGAUGCACGAGAGGGGGAGCGUGAUGAGGGACGUCCUCUUCCUCGGCCCCGCCCUCGGUAAACUCAACACCGACAGGAAGUUCUCCAGAGAGCCAAUCUCGGAAGGACAGCAUUCAGGAGUGGCACACAUGCAUGUGUGUGGGCUAAUGUUGGGUUAGCCCACCGCUUCCUGCCGUCCGGGGCGACUCGCUGGAGGGACCUGACCCCAAGGACGGAGAUUAUUGGUGUAAUAAAUCAGGGACAAGCAAUUCUUUUACGUUGGGGGGGGGGUGGGCUGGGUUGCUUUAGUUCAUGUAAGCAGCGCGUGUACAUGUAAGGUUUUGCAGCUAAUGUAGAUAUCUCACAAGGGAAAAAAAACAAAAACAAAUGUGGAGAUGUGGCACAUUGUCAGGACUGGGGUGGGGGGAAUGACCCAAGGAAGAGGCGCCAAAAAUGAGUUGACUGAAAUUCUCUAUUAGGUGGGUUUUGUCCAAAAUAAAAGUGCUCUGCAGUGAUAUGACCAAAAAGCACAUGGCUUUGUUCACACCUAUAAUGAAUGCUGUGUGAAAUGUGCAUCCCCCCUCCUCUUCACCACACCCUCCCUCUGGCACUCGGGAGAAGCGUAAGCCUUAUCCAGGCUUGCCGUCUCCCCGAGGCGGGGGCCCAGACCCCCCAGGGGUCGAUCUCGGCCCGUCUCCUGUGACACGCAUCCGCAGGUCGUUCACGAGAGAGUCCGCUUUCGGUUCUGGCCCCUUGCAGCCCCGCCUACGUCAUUCUGUUGCCUUCAACGGUUUUAUUUUAGUCGUAUCCUAACCAAUUUUUAUUUUUUCUUCUCGCUAACUUAAAAAUUUGCGCAGUGUGGCAUUUGCAGUUGUGAUCUUUGUUAAUGGUGGUGAUUUAUGGUAAAUUUUGAAUCUGUAGAGUGUAGUUAGUGUGAGUCAAAGAGCUAUGCAGAUUUUACGGCCUUUUAUUUCUGAAUGGGGCCCUGUUCCCGGCCCUUAGCCACUGCCGGGGAUUCGGUUCUCUUCCCCUAUAGAUUUUCCUUUUCUUCUUUGGUUCUUUUUCCUUUUUUCUCCUAAAGUACCAGGUCACUGCCCUGCUAGCCGGCUGCUUUAAGUCAGUGCGACGCAUGUCACCCGUCGUAAGGCAAGGUGAAUUGCCACUUAGUGGUGAACUUUAUCACUAAACUUGCUAUUUUGCUUGCGCCAUCUACUGGCGCAUCUAAAAUUACUAAAUUAUUUAACAGCUUCAAGCUAAAUCAUUCUUCCAUCUCACAUUAUCAACAUGACUACAUUUUAUUUUAUUUUUUAUAACUGGCGUUGCACAGUAUCAGCUAAAACAUGCAUGUCUUUUCAUUACAUUUAACCCAAACCUGAAGUUCUUCUGGUUACUGUCAUUGAUUUUUAAUUUAAUUUCUAUUUAUUUUUUACUCCUGCGUUCAGUGAUCUCGCACCACAUGAGUUUACUCAGUUCUCCAAAGUUUGCGCUUAAUCAGAUGAGGCUGCAUUUGCUACACAUUACCUUGGGAUUCUCACUAUCCUAAGACUGAAAUCUCUCUGCCCUGUAAUAUCCUGUCUAAUUUAAUACCGACAUCUUGUCUGGAUGUGAGAAUGAACUUUUUAUUCACGCCACAUAAAACAUGAAUUUUGUCUGGUGCUGGACCAGUGAACGUAAUUUCUAUAGAUCUGGUCUUGGGGGAACAGCGUGUUUUGUGCAAACAUACUUAAAUCUGAAUUGCACAUUUCAGAAUGUGUGACGCAGAUGGAAUUUCAUCAUGUUCUCUUCAGACGUAUAGUUUUUAAUUCUAUAGAUUUUUUUUGUGAGAAUAUGCAGUGUUUAUGGUGACUAAGAAAUCAAUUUUGAUGUUACAUUGCAUUUUGGGAAUGUUCAUUUAAAAGUAACCGAUUUUAUGAAAUGUAUGUCAUAUGGCAAACUUUAGCGAUUAAAAUAGUACUGCAAACCAA